AUGUAUCCCGAGCACGUCGGUCGUGUCAUUUUGGAUGGAGUCGUCGAUGCCGACCACUAUGUCGAGCCAACUUGGAUGGACAGUCUUCGCGACGCCGACGCGAUCUGGGAUGAUUUCUUUGUGUACUGUGCCCAAGCGGGCCCGGCUUGUCACAUCUUCCAGAUUGGCGACCGACCAGAGGACAUCAAGAAGAAAUUCGACCACGUGAUGGCACUCAUCGCGGAACAGCCUGUCAUCGUGGUUUCUGAGUGGUCAAACACACCCAUACUAGUGACGGCUAGCGACCUGAAGGGGAUCGCGUUCUCUCGUUGUAUGAGAAAGAUGAGAGUGACUAGGCCAAAACUCCAAACCACCGCCCAGGCUCUUCUCUAG